AAACUUUCACGGGAUCGCAUGUGAGCUCAUUGAACUCAAACCAUGCUCUCCCUGUUCAGUCGAUACGUUCCAUCUUGCUAUCGGAAUCUUCUCCCGAAUGGAGCCUGUAAUAUACACACUUCGUCGCAGCUGUGGGCUGAACCUAUGAGGAAGAGACGGCGAAUGGAUCCUGCGCUCCUGAAGAUGCGCGAACAACGGAAAAUUCGCAAACUGGAGAAAGGCAUCAGGCAGUUGAAGAAACAUGCUAAAAAAAUGAAACCGAUCGACGAAAUGGAAGUAUCACCAAAGCUCCAGAGAGAGCUCGCCGAUCGGAAGCGUCAACUCCCUGAUUUGCCCCCGAAUAUCGUGUCUUUUCGACAAGAUCUGAUCCGAGUUUGGAGUAGGGUGCAGUCUGCCUACUAUAAAGACGAAACUAAGAUCAUCUCCGCCAUGCUCCAUUGUCAGAACGCUGCUCUGGAGGACCUGAAAGAAGCUGAUCCGGGACUAUACGAUGCCGCCAUGCAACCCGAUCUCUCGCUAAUACCAUUCAAGAUAGACGCAGUGACUGAAACGCCGCCAUUGAAGAACUACCAGCCGCCGGACGGGAAAUAUACGGAAACCACGAAGAAGUGGCGACCCUGAGGACAGCGAAGCCGCGCGUGAAUAGAGUUCUUAUAGCACAGAAUAAAGGCGUGCCUUCGCUA